AUGGCAUUAGAACGAAAGAAAGGAAUUUCAUUAAGUAACUCGCAACGUUGUACACAUAGGCUAUGUCGAGAGUCGAGGCUAAGGGCGGCGCGGCUGCGCGCGUUAUCGAGCGUGGGCGACCGCGCAUGUCACUCCGGCCGCUUCCAACUAGCGAACUGUUCACCAUGCGAGCGGUCACUUCAAUGUAAAUGUAUGUACAUCUAA